AGGAGGCUGCUGCUGCUUUUCACCUGAUUUCCCUUUAAGAGAUUCAGUUCAUGUAGAAAACAAGUGGACUAACAGACAUCCUACGGACUGCCAAUUUCUCUCUGGUUCUCGGGUUGCAGCCAAAAGGCAGAAGAGGAGGCAUCCUCACUCACCUCAAGUGAAUUUCCAUCGCGAACACGUUCUCAUGGAGAGAGAAAAAGUUUGCGUCUUGAGCAGAAGUUUGUAGCCUGCGACUCAUUAAACAUCGUGUCCACGAGAUUUUCCUUUUGUUGUGUGAAUUUUUUUUUUUAAGUUUAGCGUCAGUCACAGGGAUUGAGGGGGUGAUAAACAUUCUACGCAUGUUUCAGGUGGAAUAUUAGCAUCUGUGAAACUUCAGUGUGGAAGUGCGCGAGUGCGAUUCUUGAGUCCCCGCUAUUGUCAUGAGGUUGAUGUGAACUUUUGGCUCGUGACGGAACGGUGUUACCUCAGUUUUACCACAAUGAAGGACGACUUCACUGAUGAAGAGGAAGUGCAGUCUUUUGGCUACAAAAGGUUUGGUAUCCAGGAAGGAAGUGAAUGCACUAAAUGUAAAAAUGACUGGGCCCUGAGGGUGGCGAUUGCUCUUCUGUAUGUACUUUGUGCACUGCUCACCAUAGCUGUGGCUGUGCUUGGAUACAAAGUGGUCCAAAGAAUGGAUAAUGUAACAGAGGGUAUGGAGAAUUAUGGAGGGAAGAUCAUGGCUGUAGAGACAGACCUCAAGAAACUUGUAAAGGUAGUACAAUACCAGCUACAGCUAGCCGGCGAGGACAUGCAGAGCGGACAUCACUCACUGCGAGAUCUGUUGGAGAGCAAUGCCAAUGUCAUUAGCAAAGUAAACCGCACCUUAAACUCAUACAGCGGCUUGAUUGACGGACUAAAGACAGACACGUCUCGGCUCCAGAUGGACCUUCAGGUGCAGACGAGCGAACAGGGCCGAAACACCCACAGCAUCAGCACUCUGAACUUCACUCAGACCCAGCAGAGGAACCUCAUCAGCUCUCUCCAGAGGUCGGUGGAGGACACUAGCCAGGCUGUCCAGAAGCUUAAGAAUGACUAUCAGAGCCUUCAGCAGGUGGCUAGGCAGACCAAAGCGGAUGCUGACUGGCUGAGGGAGAAGGUCCAGAACCUUCAGGCCUUAGCUGCUAACAAUUCUGUGCUGACUCGCUCUAACAGUGAUGCUCUGGAGGACAUGACCUCUCAGCUGAACUCAGUCUCAGAGCAGGUGCAGAAUGCCUCGGGCAUCGCCGACAGCCACGAACAGAGCAUCCGUGAGCUCAUGGACCAGCAGCGAGACCACGACAAUUCAACCUCCUUGAAGUUUGAUGCACUAGAGGCACAUCUUGACCGCAACGAGGCGGAAAUGGACCGCAUAACGGGGAAUGUAAGCUUCACCACGCAGCUGCUCGGAGUGAUCAGCGUGGAUCUGAAUGGUCUUCGCACCUGCUCCGAGACAGUGGCCCAGCAUUCGGACCUGCUGCUGGGGCUGAACAGCAGUGUGGCAGAAACCAGAGCCGACAACACAGAGCUCAAAACCCAACAGGAAGAACUCACCGCUAGGCUCGACAAAGAAGUCAGCAGCCUCUCCAUAGUCAUGGAGGAAAUGAAACUGGUCGACAGCAAACACUCGCAGCUCAUCACGAAUUUCACUAUCCUUCAGGGUCCUCCUGGUCCAAGAGGUCCUCGGGGAGACAAAGGGUCCCAGGGGCCACCUGGCAAAGCUGGCCAGAAAGGUGAAAAUGGUGAAAAAGGAGCACCUGGUGUUGCUGGGCCUAAAGGAGAAAGGGGUCCAGCAGGGCUUUCUGGUGUACCAGGGAUGAAAGGGCCACCCGGAUCAAGAGGAAGCCCUGGGCCAAAAGGUUCACGAGGAUCUGGGGGCAGGGCGGGGCCUUCGGGAGAGAAAGGUGACCCUGGUAUACCUGGGCUGCCUGGAAGAGAUGGUCAGCCAGGUCCUCAAGGGCCACAAGGGCCGCAAGGACUCAGAGGGCCAGCUGGGCCUGCAGGACUGGAUGGACCCCGUGGGCCCGUUGGCCCCAUUGGCCCACCUGGACCUCCUGGAUUACCAGGACUUCCUACACCAGUAGUUGUGUCCCCGGUAGAUCCACAAGGCUUUGUCAACCGCCAGGUAGCGCCACCCCCUACAAGUACACCAGGGUGCCCACCUCAGUGGAAGAGCUUCAGAGACAAAUGUUACUACUUCUCAUCAGAGAGUCUGAACUUUGAUGAAACGAAGGAAAGAUGCAGCAACAAGAGUUCAACUAUGCUGAUUAUCAAUGAUGAAGACGAGCAGCUAUGGAUAAAGAGGCAGAUUUCUGGAAAGGGCUACUUUUGGCUGGGCCUCACUGACAGCGCUGAUGAAAGCAUCUGGAGAUGGGUGGACGGGAGCCUGCCCAACUAUACGAAAUGGAAGCCUGGACAGCCUGAUAACUGGAGCCAUGGUCACGAGGCUGGAGAGGACUGUGCAGGGUUAAUACAUGAGGCCAGUUGGAACGACUUUUUCUGCACAGAACGCAUUGGUUUCAUUUGUGAACGAACGAAUGAAUCCAAAGUUCCAGUUUUAUAGCACCUGUUGUGAAUGAACAGAGAAUAUUGGAUAAGACAAUCACAGAGACAGUUCAGAAGACUUCUGUCACAGUAUCCUCUCAUAAAGCACGAACGAUCGCUUUGCCCAGAGAGCCACAUGUGUGACGGACACAAAAGUAAACGUCAUCGACAAUCACGAACGAUUCAAGACUGCAAACUAUACAAUACACUGAUCACCAGUCACGUUAAUGUUUAGAUAAGUGAAAACGCUGUAAUGUAUUGUAAUCAUGUGAUUGUAAAUACCUGUUUUACCUGUGUCAUUAACAAAGCUGAUGCCACAUUAUUCCAGUGCAAUACAAUGAAGCUUUGUGGCUGCUUUAAUUAAAAUAAAGCUUUUAACAGCCAACCGUAAAGCUACAAUUAAUAUGUUGAUAUGUUUUAAUUACUAUAAUCCAAAAUUUGUUCACACCAGAGUUUUACAUCUUGGACAUCAUUAAUGUGAUUUUAUGAAUAAAUCUUUAAAGUUUUGAAUUUUUCAAAUAUUUGAUUAUGCAGUAGCUAUGUAUAAAAUAGUUGA